AUGUCGGAUCCUCCUAAUAUGGGUAUACCUAAAGAAGAAGGGUCUACUAGCACUGAUGUCAAACCCGGCACAGGCGCCCGACGUGCCUCCGGUACCGCCAGGCGGUCGCGUCGUAAGAAGGAUGACGACCCCGACACCAAGAAGAAGGAGAAGGAACCAAAAGAAGUCAAAGAAAAACCGGCACGGGCUCCUCGUCGUCCACGGGAGAAAUCAAACAACACUACUUCCCGGAAAAAGCCCAAGCUAGAACCUGCGGCAGAGGAAACGAGGGCUCCAGUAGACGCCCGAAGCCCUCCACACGCCCCUGCAACGCCCCAACCUGCUCAGCCCGCUCUACCUCAGCCCGCUCAAACCCAACCUACUCAAAUAGCUCAACCUCCCCAACCUCAGCCUCCUCAGCCUCCUCAACCUCCUCAACCUCCUCAACAUACUCCAACUUCAUACUCAAAUCCACACCCCCCCUACAGUUCCAGCAGCCUCGUAUCAGCUGUCGCAACCUUCUCCGGACAAAACUUCGAUCCUAUUCGUUCUGCGUUUGACAAUCCGUCUCCAGCACCAUCAUAUAGUCCUCCCGCUCGCGCAAUCUCCCCUCGCAAUGGUUAUCGUGCCAGUGCGUCGCCAGCGAUCUCAAGCAUUAUCGACCCACCAGCCCAGAACUCUCAACCAAUAUACAACACGCUUCAACGCUCCUCCUCUGGCCAUGUGUCCGGCAUGUCUUCGCCGGCACCGCCUGCGAUGGUCUCCACACCCUCACAUCCGUCCUUAGCACCAUCGCCCCUUCCCGUUUCCUCUUCCCGUGGAGCCAUGCAUAUCCCGCAGGCCAUGUCGCAGUCCACCCCAUACACCACCCCAUACCCACCUACUGAGCAGCGGCCCACGCCAUCACAAACCCCUAAACUGGAACCGUCUCCGCCGGCGGUGCGCCAACCUCAACCUCCAGCGCAACCCGAACCCGCUGUGCAGCCGACUCCGCCUAGACAGCAACCAGUUGAAUCAAUGGAAAUCGACCACACGGAGAAUUCCACGCCCAGCGCCAAAAAGGAAAAGAGUACAGCUACCGCACCGGCAUCAAAGGCCUCAUCCCCCAAGCCAGCUCGACCUGCCAAAGAAGCCCCUCAUCUGCCUCAGGGAUCUGGCUUGAUCACAAACGCGCUGUUCGGCGGAGGGGAUGACUCUUCAAAGUCGCCUGACUCGCGUGGCACUCCCAGCAUCAUCGUUCAUGUUCCGCUACAGAAGGGCAACCAGAUUGUCAACUUUGCACGACUUGCAGAAGAGCAGUAUGGCUUCGCUGCAUUGCACCCUCGUCUGGCCGCGCACAAGGCACGCAUGGCUCGUGUGGCAGCUGCCGGGGCCGCGUUGGAACGAAAUGAUAAAAAUGCCAAAGGAAUCUCUGCUGGUGAGAGUGCUGACGAGGAUCUGAGCCUCGAUGCGGAACGUGAUAGUGAUAUGGAUGGCGAUCGAUGGAAAAAGAAGCGACGCAAGAAGGUCGAGGAAUAUGACCGUGAUGAUCCAUUUGUGGAUGACACCGAAAUGGUGUGGCAGGAGCAGGCUGCUGCCAGCAAGGAUGGGUUCUUUGUCUACAGUGGACCACUGGUUCCGGAGGGAGAAAAGGUCCAGGUGGAACGUGCCGACGGUACAAUCAAACGUGGCCGUGGCCGUGGCCGAGGAACGGGUCGGAGUCGGACCGUGACUUCGCACCCACACGUUCCUAUUGCAGCUGCCGUGCCUGUCUCCCAAGAUACCGGCCUGCCAUUGCGUGGACCCGGCUCUCGGGGUGGCACCUCGCGCCGUCCGCGAGGCAAUAAGAAGGCCGAUAACGGCAGCGAUCGUGCUGCUACCACUGCAUCUGCUGCCCAGGAAAGCCGUGGUGGCCGUGGUGGCGGCACUGGGACCUCUGGCCGCGGCGGGACUAACAGCACACGGGGUGGAAAGUCGUCUAUACCAAUCCCGAUGCCAGACCUUGCUCCUGCACCAUCGACCCCGAGUGUUGUCCAUGGACCCCCUGCUCCUAGUCCGCUAGCUGGCCCAGAGCUCAUGAUGAAAUAG